UUACUGUUUGUUUGAAGAUCUGAUCUGAUGGCUGCUGAAUUGGUUGGAGGAGCGCUUCUCUCUGCUUUCCUUGCUCCGUUGGUGGAAAAGUUAGCUUCUGAGAUCAAGGACUUCUUCAAAGGGAAAGAUGCCAUUCUGAAGCUGCUGAAGGAGUUGAAGACUUUGCUGUCCUCUGCUGAUCUGCUGCUCAUUGAUGCUGAGGAGAAGCUCAUCAAAGACCCAAGAGUAAGGAAGUGGCUUGAUGAUCUCAAGGACACCAUCUAUGAUGCAGACGACUUGGUUUACAAGAUCGACACUGAAGCAUGGCGAAACAAACUCGAAGGUGGUGAUCCUCAUGAAUCUCACAGAGGCUGCAGUUGUACUAGUAAGGCACUCUUGAGACUCAUCUCAUCAACUCCUUUAACUUCUUUUGAUAAGAACAUAAAACCUGAGAUAGAAGAGACACUUGGGAAAUUGAAGCUUCUUCUGGACAAUAAGGAUCUUGGUUUGGAACGUGUGAAAAAUCAUAAGCUUCCAAAAAGAGUAUGUGCUCCUUUGGUGGAAGAAUCUGAUGUCUAUGGAAGAAAUGGUGAUAAAGAAGCUAUUAUUCAAUUGCUUUUGUCGGAUGAUAAAUUUUCUGUGAUUCCCAUAGUGGGGAUGGGCGGUAUUGGAAAGACUACUCUUGCUCAACUUGUAUACAAUGACGCGAGAGUCACUAAAAUGUUUGAUACCAGAGUCUGGGUGACUGUGGGAGACGAUGACAAAGUGAAUAGUUCUAAAGUGAUGAAAACAAUUAUUCUGAAGGUUAAAUCAGCCAAAAGUGAAUUUGAAGAGGAGUUUGAAGUUUUAAAUGAAGUCAAGAAGGUUUUGACUGGGAAGAAGUUUCUCAUUGUUCUUGAUGAUGUUUGGGAUGAAGAUAGCAACAGAUGGGAGGCCAUAAAAAGUACUUUUCAAUCAGGGUUGCACGGAAGCAAGAUUAUAGUGACAACACGUAGUACUAGGGUUGCAUCAAUUAUGGGAACUAAGUCAUCAUCAACUUAUUUCCUAAGCACUAUAUCUUUUGACAAAGGUUGGGAGUUAUUUGUCAGAUGUGCUGCAAUUGAUGUCAACUCGCAUGAGUACUCAGACCUACAAGUAAUUGGUCGAAAAAUUGUUGAAAAGUGUAAUGGUCUUCCUCUAGCUAUAAAAUCACUUGGGGGUCUUUUACGUGGGAAGCAAAAUAAAGAGGAUUGGGAUGACAUAUUAAACAACGAUAUAUGGGGGCUGUAUGAGAGUGAGAGUGUUGGUAUUCUUCCAGCUUUAUGGCUGAGCUAUUUUUAUUUACCUUCGCAUUUGAAGUCUUGUUUCUCCUAUUGUGCUAUAUUUCCCAAAGAUUAUGAGUACAAUGAGCAGGAGAUGACCUUAUUGUGGAUGGGUGAAGGUCUUUUACUUCCUAAAGAGGGAAUUAGAAAUGAAGAUAUGGGAAAGAAGUACUUCAAAGAUCUAAUUUCUAUGUCAUUUUUUCAACAAUCAAAUGAGGAUGAGGAGGAGCCAACUUUUAACAUGCAUGAUCUUAUACAUGAUUUGGCAAUAUUUGUUUCUGGUAAUUUUUGUUUAACGAUGAAUAAUAUCAGUAAAUGUUCUCAUAAGGUUCGUCAUUUUUCGUACCUGCAGCAAUGUGCAAAGGCCGAUGACCCUAAGGAAUUUGAGGAUUUAUUUAAAGCCAAAUGCUUGCGCACCCUAUUGUGGGAACAAGGUCCAAGCAGUGAUCAACUAAGGUUGUUAAAGAUUGAAGACUUGAACAAGUCAUUCCCAUGCUUGAGAGUGCUAUCCAUAGCGGACAAUGAGAUCACCAAGCUUCCUGAUUCAAUAUGCAAUUUGAAGUAUUUAAGAUAUUUGAAGUUACGUUGUCGCAUUAAAGAGAUACCGAAUACAAUAUGUAAGUUGUAUAAUUUGGAGACACUAUUGUUGGAGGGAUGUGUAUAUCUUACUAGACUACCAACUGAUAUUGGAAAUUUAAUCAACUUGCGACAUCUUAGUGUUCCUAAGAUAAACUUAGUAGAGAUGCCAUUGCAAUUGGGGAAGCUACAAAAUCUGCAAACACUAAAUAGAUUUGUUGUGGGAAGAAAUAGAGAUUGUGGUGGUAUUGAAUUGUUGAAAGAGUUUCAAGAUCUACACGGCAGUCUUUCUAUUACAGGACUAGAAAAUGUGAAUGUGAGUAGGCUUGAGGAAGUUUCAGAUGCUGCAGCACCAUUAUUAAAGAGUAAGAAGUCUCUUAAUCAGCUAGAAUUGAGAUGGAAUCGUGCACAUUUUCCUAAACUUGAUGAGUUGCUCAAAGAAAGAGAGCUACUCAAUGCCCUCCAGCCUCAUCCAAACCUGAAGAAACUUAGCAUUUGGCAUUACAAAGGCAACAAUUUUCCAAAUUGGAUGGGGGAUCAUCGCUGCUUGUCUAAUUUAGUAAGCCUGAAGAUGGAAUAUUGUAGUAAUUGCAGCUUCUUGCCGUCGUUGGGACAGCUGCCUUCUCUCAAAGAUCUUUGGAUUAGGGGUUGUGGUGUGGUGAGAAUAGAUUCAGAGUUUUAUUGUAGUUCUACUCUUGAUUCUUCUUCUUCUUCUGUUGCAAUACAAACAAAACCCUUAUUCUUUACAUCUUUGGAGACCUUGGCAUUUAUCGACUUCUCUGAGCUGGAAGAGUGGUCAUUUAUGGAAGGUGGAGGCUUUCCUCGUCUUAAGAAUCUUCAAUUAAUCUGGUGUAAGAGACUCAAAGUGACAUUGUUAGGAGAUUAUUUCCCGUCAUUGACAGAGCUUCUAGUAUACGACUGUGACCAACUAAUAGCAUUAAUACUCCCAAGAGCUCAACUCAUGCAGGCCCCUUUGAUCACUUUAAAGAAGAUUGAAUUUGUCAAAUGUCCCAACUUGAGGCACUUAGACGAGGAGGCCUUUCAGCACCUCACCUCCCUUGAGGAGUUGAUCAUUGAUCAGUGUCCUAACCUCGAAUGCUUGCCAAAAGAACUGCCCUCUUCUCUUUCUGAACUACACAUUUCGAAUUGUCCAUUGCUAAGACCACGAGUGGAGAGGGAGACAGGGGAGGACUGGCCAAUUAUUGCUCACAUCCCAAAUAUCACCGUCGAUAACGGAGAACAUAGCGCUCUUCGAGAUUCAGCCAGACUGCUUAAUUGGAUUCUGUGCUAAAUAGAUUAAAGAACAAUCAUAUAUGGAAUUAAGUGUUGUGAUUGUAAUAGUGAAAGUCCUCUUAACUAAGGCAGGGUGAUGUUGUAGCAGGUUCAACAAUUUCCUGAGCUGAUGAAAACAGAAGAUAAGUGGAGCCUUCACCAUGGUUAUUUCAUCUCCAGGUUAAUCUCUACUCUAUUUGUUAUGUUAAGGCCUUCCAUUAUUCCAAGUGAAUCAACACAACCUAUUACUCUCUUCUUCUUGCACCCUCCAACCAUAAAUGAGUGCCUGUCUGCAUUUCAAAUCUAUUGGGUUCUGUGUUAACCUUGGAAGUGUUCCCAGAGAUUCAGAUUGGUUGGGCUACAUACAAACUUGGAUGAUAGACAAUGCAAGAAGUCAGUUACCAAUUCAACACCCUUAUAACUAAAUUCUUUUAUUUUCUCUUACUUAACUUAAGCUGUGUAUAAAAGGGUGUAAUCAAGGCCAAGAAAGUUUGAGUUUGGUGUGUGUGUGAUUAUGAAUAAUAAUAACUAUAGAGUGAUUAGAGUGGUGUCAUUAAUGUUACUUUGUAGAAGAGGUUGAUUGAGACCAUUGUUAAUGUUUUAUCUCUCCUCAAUUAAUUACCUUAUCAUAAAUCUUGGUAUCCAUUUUCCUUUUGAACAUUCAA